AUGAAUUCAAAGGAACUCUUGCGUGUGGAUAAAGAGAAAGACCUUGGUGUUUGCGUCAGUGCCAACUUCAAUUGGAAUGUUCACAUCCACACAAUCACGGGUAAGGCUAACAAGAUGCUCGGGCUACUUAAACGAACUUGCCCUCUUUUGAGAGACAAAACAGUACGACGAACGCUGUAUCUCUCGCUUGUUAGAUCUCAGCUAUGUUACGCUAGUGAAGUCUGGUCUCCACACACUGUCAAACUCAAGUCCAGAGUCGAAAGCGUCCAAAGAAGAGCCACCCCGUGGAUACUACAAUCCAAGCAUGGCGAAAUGACAUACCAACAACGGUUAAUGAAUCUCAACCUACUCCCGCUCUGCUAUGAAAGAGAGAUUUCUGAUCUGGUAUUCUUCUUCAAGGCUCUCUUUGGCAACACAGAUUUAGACGUCAACACCUUUGUCUCCUUUUCCAACAACAAUCGGACCCGACUCUGUUAA